UCUUCAUUCUAUGCCUACCAAACACACCUUAUUAAAGACUUCACACCCUCUCUAUACACCAAUAUACUUUCCCCUCUCUAACUAACAUCACAAUUAAAAGGAAACCCUCUUCUCACUUUUUUUUUUUGAUUUCAUGUGUUCGAUCUUUCAUCAAACGAUUUGUAUUUAAGUUGUAAUAAAUUAUAUUUAAUAUAUUUUUAUCUUCAUCAAAUUAAUUGUAUUUAAACUCAUUAGAUUUCAAUUGUUUGACCUUGAUCGGACGAUCGAGAUUUGUAACUGCAUAAAUUCACAAUCGUAGAGGAUCAGUUUCCCACCUUCGCUCGCCCUACGUCAACUUAGAUUUCAACAAACAUCCACCAUUCUAGUACUUAUCAAAAAGCAACAAAGCCACCAUCCAUAAUACAAAGUACUAAACUUUCUUCAACAACACUCUCCUUUACUUUUUAGAGAUGAAAGUGAAAGCAUUGAGUGCCUUCAAAUCCAAGUUUCUCAAACCAUGCAAAAAACUAAUGUUUUUCUUCAAACUUAAACCUAAGAAACUUGUGUUUAUAAGAGCUCUAAGAAAAUCUACAUCCCAAAACUCAUCUUUUUCGUCAAAACCAAUGGCUUCUUUGUUAUCAGUGUUUCGUUCGCCGAAGACAUCCAAAGACUUUGUUAAGUUGCAAAGCUUCAAGAGUCCCUCCAACGUGCAUGAAACUCCGAUAUUUCCAUCACCACUUACACCAGCUUGCGUAUCAACAAAUAAAAGUGAAGAUUCGAAAAGGGAAGCUUCGGGCGAAGAAGUGGAAGAUGCAUGCAAAAGUUUUGAGAAUUAUUUGGUGGAGAUGAUUGUGGAAGAAGGGAAGACUAGGGACUUGAUGGAUGUUGAAGAACUUCUAUAUUGUUGGAAGAAUCUUAAGUGUCCUGUUUUCAUUGAAAUAGUUUCUAGAUUUUAUGGUGAGCUUUGCAAAGACUUGUUUUCUUCACAUAAUAAUGAGGAAGGUGAAAAAGCUUAAGGAGUAAGGAGCCAAUAUAAAUAGAAAUUCAUCAUUUUUUCAAUUUUUUUUUUACUUCAAAGUUUUCAAUUAAGUACUCUCAUGAAGUUGUAAAAGAUCAUAUUUUUGAUAAUGUGGUUUAUAAUGAGAAACAUUUUUAUAAA